ACCAUCAUGGAUUCAAGCAUGGCACACAGUCCGGUGUUUCUGGUAUUUCCUCCAGAAAUCACUGCUUCAGAAUAUGAAUCCACAGAACUUUCAACCACCACCUUUUCGACUCAAAGCCCCUUGCAAAAAUUAUUUGCUACAAAAAUGAAAAUCAUAGGGACUAUCCAGAUCCUGUUUGGAAUUAUGACCUUUUCUUUUGGAAUUAUCUUCCUUUUCACCUUGUUAAAACCAUAUCCAAGGUUUCCCUUUAUAUUUCUUUCAGGAUAUCCAUUCUGGGGCUCUGUUUUGUUCAUUAAUUCUGGAGCCUUCCUAAUUGCACUGAAAAGAAAAACCACAGAAACUCUGCACUGGGCUUGAUGACCCUGCGGCUCCAGACUAGACUAAAAAGAGAGGGGACACAAGGGAACUUGACAGAUGGAAGAAAAAGCUAUGGCCUGGACUACCUCACUCACCCUCCCAGUGUGCUUGAGAAACUAGCUGCACCCACUGAACUCUGCAGCCAGCAUCCAAAUCAGCCCUUGAGAUUUGAGGCCUUGGAGACUCAGUAUUUUGAGAGCAAAAUGACAACACCCAGAAAUUCAGUAAAUGGGACUUUCCCAGCAGAGCCAAUGAAAGGCCCUAUUGCUAUGCAACCUGGUCCAAAACCACUCCUCGGGAGGAUGUCUUCACUGGUGGGUCCCACGCAAAGCUUCUUCAUGAGGGAAUCUAAGGCUUUGGGGGCUGUCCAGAUUAUGAAUGGGCUCUUCCACAUUGCCCUGGGGGGUCUUCUGAUGAUCCCAGCAGGGAUCUAUGCACCCAUCUGUGUGACUGUGUGGUACCCUCUGUGGGGAGGCAUUAUGUAUAUUAUUUCCGGAUCACUCCUGGCAGCAACGGAGAAAAACUCCAGGAAGUGUUUGGUCAAAGGAAAAAUGAUAAUGAAUUCAUUGAGCCUCUUUGCUGCCAUUUCUGGAAUGAUUCUUUCAAUCAUGGACAUACUUAAUAUUAAAAUUUCCCAUUUUUUAAAAAUGGAGAGUCUGAAUUUUAUUAGAGUUCACACACCAUAUAUUAACAUAUACAACUGUGAACCAGCUAAUCCCUCUGAGAAAAACUCUCCAUCUACUCAAUACUGUUACAGCAUACAAUCUCUGUUCCUGGGCAUUUUGUCAGUGAUGCUGAUCUUUGCCUUCUUCCAGGAACUUGUAAUAGCUGGCAUUGUUGAGAAUGAAUGGAGAAGAACAUGCUCCAGACCCAAAUCUAGCGUAGUUCUCCUGUCAGCUGAAGAAAAAAAAGAACAAGUCAUUGAAAUAAAAGAAGAAGUGGUUGGGCUAACUGAAACAUCUUCCCAACCAAAGAAUGAAGAAGACAUUGAAAUUAUUCCAGUCCAAGAAGAGGAAGAAGAAGAAACAGAGACAAACUUUCCAGAACCUCCCCAAGAUCAGGAAUCCUCACCAAUAGAAAAUGACAGCUCUCCUUAAAUGAUUUCUUCUAUUUUCUGUUUCCUUUUUUAAACAUUAGUGUUCAUAGCUUCCAAGAGACACGCUGACUUUCAUUUCUUGAGGUACUCUGCACAUACCCAGCACAUCUCUAUCUGGCGUUUGCAUGGAGUGACCAUAGCCCCUUCUCUCUUACACUGAAUGUAGAGAAUGUAGCCACUGUAGCAGCUUGUGUUGUUAUGAUUCUUCUUUUGAGCAACUUUCUUACAUUGAAGAAAGGCAGAAUGAGUGCUUCAGAAUGUGAUUUCCUACUAACCUGUUCCUUGGAUAGGCUUUUUAGUAUGUUUUUUUUGUUGUUGUUGUUUUUCAUUUUCUCCAUCAGCAACCAGGGAGACUGCACCUGAUGGUAAAGAUAUAUGACUACUUCACAACAUUCCUAAACUAUCUUUUUUUUUUUUCCACAUCUAUGCUUUUGGUGGAGUCCCUUUUGCAUCACUGUUUUAAGGACGAUUAAAAAAAUAACAACUAGGGACAAUACAGAACCUAUUCCAUUUAUCUUUCUACAGGGCUGACAUUGUGGCAUGUUCUUAGAGUUAUCACACCCCAUGAGGGAAGCUCUAAAUGGCCAACACCCAUCUGUUUUUGUAAAAACAACAUAGCUUAUACAUGGACAUGUCUCUGCCUUAACUCUUCCUGAUUCCCACUCUAGACUAUUGUUUGCAUGUCUACCUACUUUUAGCCCUUAUGCAAGAAAAGAAAAAAAUGACCAUAGAAAAUGCCACAAUGAGGUGCCCAAAUUUCAAAUAAUAAUCAACAUUUCAUUGUAUUUAUAAUUUGCAGAUGACAAAGUAUUUCAUCAAAUAACUUCAUCUGAUGUUCCAUGAUCAAGAAAACAUCCCUAUCUCUAUUUUACAAGUAAUUCAAAGAGGUCAAAUAACUUGUAAACAAGAAAAGGUAACUUAUCAACAGUCAUAACUAGUAAUUACGAGAGCCUUGUUUCAUAACGAGGUCUUCUUACUCAAAUCCUGUGAUGUUUGAGAUAACCAAAUUGUCUCUCCAAUGUCUGCAUAAACUGUGAGAGCCAAGUCAACAGCUUUUAUCAAGAACUUACCCUCUGAUCAGCACUAAACAAGCACUGAGAGACACACAGAGUCAGAGUCAGAUUUUACCUAUGGGGAUAAAAAGACUCAGACUUCUACCACAUUUGGAAAACUACUUGCAUCAUAAAUAUAUAAUUAACUGGUAGUUUAUAUAAAGCAGACACUAAGUGCUAUAGACAUUCUCAGAAUAUCCUACUCGGAAACAAUGUAAUUAAAAUGCCAAAUCUGAGUCAAUAGCUGCCUUACUUUUCAAUUCAGAUAUAUUAGUACCUUACUUAGAAAUAAUGUUAACCUAGGGUGAGGUCACUAUAAUCUGUAGUCUAUUAUUUGGGCAUUUGCUACAUGAUGAGUGCUGCCAGAUUGUGGCAGGUAAAGAGACAAUGUAAUUUGCACUCCCUGUGAUAUUUCUACAUUUUUAGAGACCACUAGUGGAAGACAUUCCUCAAAAUUAGAAAAAAAAAGGAUAUAGAACAUUUCUAUGUAAAGUUCUCAAAAUUCGUUCUAAAUUAAUAAAAUUAUCUUUGUGCUCUUUUCUGCAACAGAUGAUUCCAACAUGGGUGUUUGCCUAUUCUUCUUUACUCUUGAAACAUUAGACCAUGGGAGGCUCUUAUAGCCUUGAGUUCAUAUUUACAAAACCCCAAUCUAGGUUUGAACUGUGAGGUGUCAGGUCAUCAAAUAUUCAUGUCUAUAUAGUCUUACACAGGUUCCCAAAGAAAAUGUUCAUGGGAUAGGUCAUUGAUAAUGGAUUCCUUACUCCCAGAACUCCAGAUGACUGAAAUAUAUGAGAGAAGUAGGAUAGGGCAUGGUAGGGGCAGGCCUGAGAAAAAAAAUGAAAGUCAGAAAUCUUUAAAAAAAAAUACAAGAUGUUAUUUCCAUCUUAUUUUUUUCUCCAUUUCUGAAAUAUAUAUGACGAUUCCUCUCCAAAUCCAUGGUUUCUCCAAGAAUUUUGAGUCAUUUGUACAACCUCAAAUAAUUAGUUUUGGCUGACCUCACAUAAGUUCUUAAAAUAGGGGACAUCUUUAAUGUCUACUAUUAAAGAAGAAUGAAAAUUCCUAUGACCUUCUCUCCGAUGAUCCCUUUGGCAAUAUAGAGUCAAAUAAUAGCAUUGGCCAGUAGUAAACAUGCUUUGCCAAGAAGUGGAAGAUAUAUUCUCCAGUCUUAGUUUUUCCUCUCAAUUUGUAUUUUUGUAAAAAUAAUAUUAUAUCCACAAAGGAAAUAAGCUUUGAAAACCCAAUUGCA